AAUACCAUUACAUUUGCCCCAACUUUUCUGAGCAGUGAGAAGCUUGCAGAGCUGAAAGUGAAUUAUUUGCCUCUUUUUCUAUGUCUCACUGAAACCUGCACCCCUUUCACAGAUAGAGAAAGAACUAGAUUAGCGGUGUAAGGAAAGGAUAUGCAACCUGCUCACCUAAGAACUUAAAUAAGACCAUAAUUAAGAAGAGGCCUGCUGAGUCAGACCAAAGACCCAUCUAGUUCAGCACCCCAUUUUCACAGUGCCUCAAGCAGGACCUGAGUGCAACAGCAGUCUCCCCAUUUGUGAUUCCCAGCAUACUGUCUCCGACACUGAAGGCAGAACACAGCCACCACGACUACCGGCCAUUGAUAACCUUAUCCUCCAGUAAUUUGUCUCUUCUUCUUCUAAACCUGUCCAAGUUGCUAGUCAUCACUACAUCUCGUGGGAGCGAACUAUGCCUGGUAAGUGCCUUCUUUUGCCUGCCCUGAACCUACCACCAUUUGGCUUCGUUGAAUGGCCUCAAGUUCUAGUACUAUAACAGAGGGAGGAAAACUGCCUAUCAAGUCUGUCCCCUUCCCUGACUGCAUUUUCCAACUCAGAUCGUUUCAGAGUGAUCCUGCAUGAGCCCUUGUGGAAAAACACCUGAAUGGUAUCAGAAAUGCAUGGGUGCCAACUUGACUAAAAUAUUGGGAAGCCCAGGUAUGCCCUGCACAAUUGAUCACAUGACACAGCACACACGCACCAUCUGAAUGACAAUGCCCAUCAACUUGGGGGAGGCAAAUAUUUUAUGGGGGGGGCAAAGGGACAUUGACCCCUAGGAGUUGGCUUCUAUGCCUGAGAUAGGGGGUUCACAAUGAAGAGGAAAGCUUACAGAGCCCCAACUAACCUCUUCAGAGAAGGCAUGAAGGGUCCUUACCUCUUUCAGCAGAGUUUAGGACCCGACUCAUCAUAGGGAUCCUCCAGGGAGCUAAAAGUAUAGGUGUAGGGGGAUUUCUCAACAAUACUAAGACCUGACCACGUUCCCCAUCACUUCCUGCCACUCAGCACUGGACCAUCUUGCUUCUGAUCUCUCACCAUGGCAGCACCUCUUGACCAAGCUAUUGGCGUGCUGGUUGUCACCUUCCACAAAUACGCCAGCAAGGAUGGCGAUAAGAACACCCUAAGCAAGAAGGAAUUGAAGGAGCUGAUACAGAAGGAGCUCACCAUUGGACUGAAACUGCAGGAAGCAGAGAUACAGGCAUUGAUGAAAGAUCUGGACCGCAGUGGGAACCAAGUGGUGAACUUCCACAAAUACGUUACUUUCCUGGGUGCCCUGGCAAUGAUUUACAACAGAGCUUUGAGUUCGUAAAUGUACACCCCGGUGGGGCGAGGUGUUGUGGUUCGGGAUUAUACCUCUGUAGGCGGUUUCACGUCCAAUAAAAUUUAAGUUUUGUAAAAA